AUGUAUGCGAUGAGAGUAAGAGCCAAGAAUACACAAAGAACAAAGAGGUUUAUAAGGUCAAGUGGGUAUGUUUUGGUUCCAGUCCCAGUUCACCAUUAUUCACCUAUUGCGUGUCUCGUGGUGGUUGGUUCUACUAUCUAUAACAUUGGUGGAUCCAUUGAGCAUGCACCUUCGUCUAGGGUCUCAAUUUUGGACUGCAGGUCUCAUACGUGGCACGAGGCUCCAAGCAUGCUGAUGGAGCGGAGAUACCCAGUUGCUAGUGUUGUUGAUGGAAAGAUAUAUGUAGUAGGAGGCUUGAAAGACUUUGAUUCCUCUAAAUGGAUGGAGGUUUUCGAUUCAAAAACUCAAACUUGGGAGUUUGUGUUGAGCCCUCCUACUCUCGUGAAGAGAUUUAUAUUCUGGACCGCAGUGAUUGAAGAAGAAAUCUACAUGUUUGGGGAGAAUGGUAUGGCUUACAAGCCUGAAGAAGAUACAUGGAAAUCUGAAGUGAUGUCAGUAGGGGUAGUUUGUCAUUGCGUGGUAGAUAACGUACUCUAUUAUUAUUAUUAUUUUGACGGGAUCAAUUGGUACGACUCAGAGAUAGGACACUGGAGAGAAUUGAAGGGUUUGGAAGGAUUGCCUGAGUUUGCUAGAUAUAGUAAUGUUUAUUUGGUGGAUUAUGGUGGAAAGAUAGCGGUUUUUUGGGACAAGGAUUUGCCUUCUAGUGGUUGUAAGAGCAGGGCGAUUUGGUGUGCUGUGAUUUCCCUAGAAAGAUGCAAUAAUAGUCGGGAGAUUCAGGGAAACAUUGAGUGGCUUGAUGUUGUGCUUACAGUUCCUUACUGUUAUAGUUUUGUGAAUGUUCUUGCUGCUACUGUUUGAUGAACGCCAGACGAGACAGACUUGCACUUGCAUGUGGCGUCUCUUUAGUGAUUUGUUGGUAUCAAAUCUUUUUGUUGGAUUAUAGUGUCUUGUGUUUUUUUAGCUGAAUGCUAUAGACAUCGUUUGGGUUGUAAAAGGUUCACUACUUUCUUUGUCAAGAUUAAAAGAAGACGAAGUGAUAGUCUUUCUACUGUUUUCAGUUAUACAGCGUCUUUUGUUGUCUAGAAAGCUCUGAACUUGUUGAAAGGCCUGAUGAUGAAUGAUUUUGCACUUAGAGCUUAUCAAAACUUCCAAUCCACACACGUGUAUAGGAAACAGAGGUUCUGAGUCUUACCUCAAUGGUGAUAUCAGUUGGUGUAAGAUCUGAGACACUUCUAUACUCGAGCUUCGCUGUACUAAACUUCACAAUUGGCCGAGAUUGUAGAAAGCUAUAGAACAUGGAAGGUCCAAAGAAACUCCUGCGUUUUUGUUUGUGUAUAUGCUUUCACAAAUAGUUUAAAGAUGAUUUGAAAGCCUAUGUGAAGUCGAAAAUUAUCAAAACCACAGGGAAAGAGUUUUUGUUUUUAGUAACAAUGGUAGCAUUACUACUGUGAAUGUGUCUCCUGACUCAUAAUCAUGUAACACUGGUCUUGAAUCAGUUUCUAGCUACAUCAGCGAUAUAUGCGCUAUUAAGCUAUGGCUUUUAGACUCUUAUCAUUAUGUAGGAACAUCAAGCCAAGUGCCAAUACUUUAUGCAGAUACUUCCUGAA